CCACGCCCGGGUUCCGGCCGCCGCCCGCCCGCCGCCUCCGCGGCUUCGCCGAGAUUGGCGGGAGAACCCACCAAUGGGGAGCUCGGGAGGCGGGCCCAGAGCGCAGCCCGCCCGAGGAGGACAGCAGAUCCCAGGCGGGCCGCGGCCUGGCUCCGCGCGGGGGAGGGGCGGCAGGUGUUUCUCACCGGAUCCCUGAACACCCAGGCCUCUUCCACCAUGGCCGGCCGGGGCCGGGGCCGGGGCCGCGGCCAGCUGACCUUCAACAUGGAGGCCGUGGGCAUUGGGAAGGGGGAUGCUCUGCCCCCACCCACACUGCAGCCUUCACCACUCUUCCCCCCCCUGGAGUUCCGCCCUGUGCCUCUGCCCUCCGGAGAGGAAGGGGAGUACGUCCUGGCGCUGAAGCAGGAGCUGCGAGGGGCCAUGCGGCAGCUCCCCUACUUCAUCCGGCCAGCCGUCCCCAAGAGAGAUGUGGAGCGUUACUCAGACAAAUAUCAGAUGUCAGGGCCGAUUGACAGUGCCAUCGACUGGAACCCUGAUUGGCGACGUCUACCCCGGGAGCUAAGGAUCCGAGUGCGGAAGCUACAGAAGGAGCGGACCACCAUUCUACUUCCCAAGAGACCCCCCAAGACCACAGAAGAUAAAGAGGAAACAAUACAGAAACUAGAGACUCUGGAGAAGAAGGAGGAAGAAGUAACUUCAGAGGAAGAUGAGGAGAAAGAAGAAGAGAAGGAAGAGGAAGAAGAAGAGGAGUACGAUGAAGAAGAACACGAAGAGGAAACUGAUUACAUCAUGUCGUAUUUCGACAACGGAGAGGACUUUGGGGUUGACAGUGAUGACAAUAUGGAUGAGGCUAUCUACUGAAUAAGGACCCUAAACAGCACCGGGGACCUUCGUAUCUUUCUGAUUUCGGGUACAGAGAGUCACUGUCCCUAUUACUUGGUUUUGUGGACAAGGAAAUCUUCUGCUCAGUGUCCAGAUAACCUGUUUGGUCUGUGGAGAUGGAAAUAGAGAAUGGCGACAGAGAGCUCUCUUUUCUACCCUUCCCCUCCCUCUACCCUGGUGUCACUUCUGAGAUCUUGGGGAAAGGGCAGAGGACCGAUGUCUACUUGUAUGACAGGGAGAAAGGAGGUCGAAAGAAGAACUGGAACUGUUAGACUGAGACCGCUGUACACAUGUCCUUCCCCACUUUUUAUAGUUCUUUGUGGAGAUAACUGGGGGUGGGAGCAGUUAGGAGGAGUAAGGCCUGUUUUAUAUUUUUAAAUAAAAACAUUGUU